AUGAUUAUCGACGAUUUUCUCUAUCAAGGUGAUUACGAUCAUGCAUCUAAUACAAAGAUACUCAAAGAACUUGAUAUUGGACAUAUUAUUAGCAUAUGUGAUUAUCCAUUGGGAAAAAACAUGUUUGAUAGUUAUAAUGUGUUAUGGAUUAAAGUGGACGACAUGCCUUAUACCAAAAUUCGCCAAUAUUUUGAUCAAACAAACGAAUUUUUGCGUGCAUGCAGAAACAAGAACCAACGAGUCUUAGUUCAUUGUCAAGUGGGUAUUUCUCGUUCAUCUUCAAUUGUUCUUGCAUAUCUGUUAAAAUACCAUCAUAAUAAUCUCCGUGAAGCCUAUGAUCAUUUGGUUCAACGACGGCGCAUUGCUCUACCAAAUACUGGCUUUUUUCUGCAACUGAUUCGCCUUUAA